AGAGAUUAAACAUUCAUUCUAAACGAGAAUUUUACUAUAACCCUUGUUAAUUUGAGAUCUGAGUAGAGUGGGUAGUAUACAAGUCUCUUAUUAUCCAUUCCUAAGCCUCUACUCAAUGGCCCCAUUUAUUUUUCUGACUCUCGUACUGCCCCCAUUUAGGCCUGCAGCGUUGGUGCCUAUUUUGGGAAAGGCUGCAAUAGAUAAACCGAAGUCAGUAUUGAUAAUAAUUAUAUCGAUAAUAUAAUAAUUCCGAAAUGUCGACACAACAUCCCUAAGCAAUUUUUAACGUCAUCACGUUUGAUUGAGUUGGUUUUUUAAUUUUUAUUUGAUAAAAGUAGGGAAAAACAAUGUCAAUACCUACCUACUUGUUGAUUAAAUUCUGUAAUAGUUAUUGAAAUGUAUCAUUAUAGUUCAUGAAGUGUAUUUAAAAUUGUGUACUACAUUCGUAUUUAAAAUGAAAUAUUCGCAUAGUUUCACAGACGCAUAUUUUUUAUUAGUGGUUUUAUUAUUUUCAUUAUUGCAUAAUUUAGAUGCUCGCAGGGUUCAAUACCGCGACGGAGGCUACUAUGGAAAUAAUUAUUACUCCCACAUAGGUUUGGAUACAAUGGUUAAUACAGCCAUAGAAAAACUUGACCAAUCACUGCAGUGGGUUAAAGACUGGCCAGAUCCGGUAAAAUUGGGACAAGUGUCUGGAGUAGCCUUAGAUGGAGCAGGUCAUGUUGUGGUGUUUCAUCGAGCCACUAAUGUUUGGGAUGCAACAACAUUUUCUGAUAGGAAUGUAUACCAGUCUAUAGGUGAACCCCCUAUAUCACAACCAACCAUUCUUGUUUUCAAUGAGACAGGAGAACUUGUUGAUACAUGGGGAAAGAACCUGUUUAUACCUGGGAAUGACGAUAAACACUUCUGUAAGCCAACUUCAGUAGCUGUUAUGGCCAAUGGGGAUUUUUUCGUCGCAGAUGGAUAUUGCAAUCACAGGAUACUGAAGUUCUCUUCUCAAGGGGAGAUCAUUUUACAGUGGGGCAAAGGUAUGUAUAAUUAUAAUAUUAUUGACAAAUGGUAUAUGAUAUUUCUCAAAUUAGUAAAAGUAUUUGAUUAA